AUGGCAGCAAACGUGGCGCUGCUCUCCGCCUCCUCGCCCUCCACCUCCGCCUCCUCCAUCCUCCGUCGCCGCCCCCGGCCUCGCCGCUCCGCCUGCCCCCGCAGAGCAGCCUCCAGGCUAUCCGUCGUGGCUGCGAUGAGCGACGACCCAAUCAAGGAGUGGAUCCUCACCGAGGGGAAGGCCACCCAGAUCACAGGGACCAGCUCCAUUGGGGGCGGCUGCAUCAACGCCGCCCAGCGCUACGACACCGAUGCUGGCUCCUUUUUUGUGAAGACCAACAGGCGCAUCGGUCCAGCUAUGUUUGAAGGAGAGGCUCUGGGCUUGAAGGCAAUGUAUGACACCAAGUCAAUCCGUGUUCCUUUGCCGUACAAGGUUGGCUCGUUACCAACUGGUGGUUCUUUUAUCAUCAUGGAAUAUAUUCAAUUUGGUCGUUCUAGGGGUGACCAGGUAACCUUGUCCCGAAACCCCUUUCGUUCAAAGAAAAAGUCAGCUCUAGGAAGAAAGCUGGUCGAAAUGCAUAAAGCUGCAAAAUCUGACAAGGGAUAUGGUUUCUACGUCGAAAAUACUAUUGGAAGCACUCCGCAAAUUAACACUUGGACUGCUGACUGGAUUGAGUUUUACUCGAAGCAUAGACUGGGAUACCAGUUGAAGUUGAUAUCGCAACGGUUCGGAGAUUCAGCCAUAUAUGAAAAAGGUCAACAAUUGAUUGAGAAAAUGCAUCCACUGUUUGACGGUGCUGUUAUUGAGCCAUGCCUGCUUCAUGGAGAUUUAUGGAGUGGAAAUAUAAGCGCUGAUACCAAUGGAGAUCCUGUAAUAUUGGAUCCAGCAUGCUACUAUGGACACAAUGAAGCAGAGUUUGGGAUGUCCUGGUGUGCUGGAUUCGGAGGGGAAUUCUACCGCUCCUAUUUCGAGGUGAUGCCGAAGCAGCCAGGCUUUGAGAAGAGGAGGGACCUGUAUCUCCUGUACCACUACCUGAAUCACUAUAACCUUUUCGGCUCUGGGUACCGCUCCUCGGCUAUGUCCAUAAUCGAAGACUACCUGCGGAUGCUGAAGGCAUAG